AUGGCCAUCAGCAGCCCCGACACGCGCCCGCCUCCCCUGCCCAUCGACAAGACCUGCACCUACAAAACCGUCGGCGAGACUUGCAUCCCCAUCGACCUCUACUUCCCGCCGGCUUCGAACGUGGACGCGAUCACGACGGAUGGCGGCCAGGCGGCCAGGCAUCCCAUCAUGCUGUUUAUCCACGGCGGCGGCUGGAUCGGGGCCAACAAGUCGGACUACUCGCGCCCGCUGUUCGUCGAGUUCCUCACGCAUGGCUUCGUCGUGGCCGCCAUGGACUACCGCUUGAGGCCCGAGACGGACUUGGACGGGCAGCUGGCCGACGUGCGGGAUGUGGAGUACUGGCUGCGGGAGAGUUUGGCGCUCGAGACGAGGGCGCACGGGGUGGAGGUGGAUGGAGAGAAGAUUGUGGUGGUGGGCUGUUCGGCGGGAGCCCAUCUCGCACUGUUGACGCCCCAACUAUGGACGGCCAAGCCCAAUGCCAUCUUCUCUAUGUACGGGCCGACCAACCUGCACCACCUUCCUUACCUCCACCGCUUCGCGCACUUGAACAUCAGCAACUGGCCCUGCACGCCCGAAGUGCUGGCCGCGGGCACCCGAUACGACGCGCCGCCGACCGAGAUCCCCAUCCCGACGCCGGGCCUGCCGGGCGACGAUUACAUCCUGCCGCGGAGCUUGCUCGCCAUCCACCUAUUCUCCCGAGGUCUUAUUGCCGAUUUUCUGGUCAAAGGCCUCGUCCGGGACGCCGAUGGGACGUUGGGCCUGCCGGAGAAGGGAUCCGCGAGUAAGGAGGAGAUUGAGGCGAUUAGCCCCCUCCACCUCGCCAAGCACCUCACCUACCCGCCCGUCUACCAGCUCUUGGGCACCGCCGACGACGUCUUUGACACGUCGCACGCUCACCUCUUCCACGCCGCCCUGGACGCCCAGGCCAUCCCCAUCGCCACGACCCUCGUGCCCAACGUCAAGCACGCCUUUGACUCGACCGCUCCCGUCGGCGGCCAUAUCCACUGCGCCUACUUUAUGCCGGCUGUCGAGUGGCUUGCGGCUUUUGUAUAG